AUGGAUUAUGAUAUUUUUAGUAAUAAAAUUGAAUUUAAAACAAAAUAACUCUUUUAAUAUGUUUAUUAGGUUUUAUUAGAUUUACUUUUUUUUUUCUUUUUAUUAUACUUAUUUUUUUUCUCUUCUAUCUUUCUCAAAGCUACUCAUUUUUUCUUUUCAAAUUUUGCUUUUAUUAUUAUUAAUUAAUUCAUUUUUUUUUUUUCAUUAUUUCCUUCUAAUUAUCUAAUUAAUUAUAUAAUUUAUCUUCAAAAUUUAAAAAGUGAUUAAUAAAUUGAUGAUAAAGGUGUAUCAGAUUUAGGUAUUUCUUUAACAAACUGCACUAACCUCUCGAAUUAGACACUUAAUAUUGGUAAAAAUUAAAUUGGUGAAGAAGAAUAGAAUAGAAAUACUCUCACAUAUAAAUGCACUCAGAAUAAAUCUUAAAGAUAAUAUUUUAUACUGGUAUUAUAUAUAUUUAUUUAUUUUAGUGUUUAUAAGUCAUCAUUUUUAAAGGCCAUCUUCUUUUAUUGUUUGAUUUUUAGGCUUUUAUCAAUUCUAUUAUUAUGGGGAUGGCAUGUAUGUUCCAACGAUGCAUUAUAGCUCCUAUCAACCUUAUAGAACGGUUAGGUCGUUGGUUUAUUUAUGGAGCUUAUACCAAAUAGAUUGAUUUGA